AAAAAAUUAAACAGUGUUUUUUAAAAAAAAAGAAUUUUUGAUCAAAGAUGGCACAAUACGGCAAUCAAGACCAAAUGCGCAAGACUGAUGAAUAUGGAAACCAUGUCCAAGAAACAGGAGUCUAUCAAGGUACCGGUACUGGCGGUAUGAUGGGGGGCACGGGUACUGGCGGUAUGAUGGGGGGCACUGGUGGAGAAUAUGGAACUCAAGGCAUGGGUACUGGUACUCAUCACCAUGAGGGGCAACAGCAGCUUCGUCGAUCCGACAGCUCUAGCUCGUCGGAGGAUGAUGGAGAAGGUGGGAGGAGAAAGAAGGGUUUGAAGGAGAAGAUAAUGGAGAAGAUGCCUGGACAACAUGAAGGUGAGUAUGGACAAACAACAGGUGAAGAGAAGAAAGGAAUGAUGGACAAAAUCAAGGACAAGAUCCCUGGGAUGCAUUGAACACCUUUGUUUUCAUCUCCAUCUUAUCUUAUGAAUAAAUAAGGUAGUGCUUGAUUCUAUUUCAUGCACUAAUUAGUAGUAAUCGUUAUGCCAGUAAUUAUCUAAUUACGUACACUCUUGUGUUUAAAGUCGUGUAAAGUGUGCUGACGCUAUAUACAUGUGUGUGUAUAUUGGCGGCCAUGCCCUGCCCCUUCUGUAUUUUUAAAACAAGAAUAUUGCUUCCAUGCUUGGAAAGCAAUGAUCAUGUUGAUGUGUGUUAUGGUGUCCCGUGUUUAAUGAUGUUUUGGAAAUAAUAUAACUUGUGCU